GUUGGUGGUCACGUGAGGGAUAUGAAUUACAUCAGGUGAUCAGUCUGUACCAUGAUCUCAUAGCCCAGCCAGACACGACAGUAAGGGGAAGUUGAAGAAUUGAGAGGCAUCCACAUCGAGGCACCUACCAUUCUAUGAGGACAUAAAGAACUCGAGUAGAGGACCUUGGCAACCACGUGGACAUGGCCAGUUCAGGUGUUGCCCAUAAAGCCAUCGGGAGUUCAGACGAGGAAGAGGAGGACCCUAGAGACAACAUGGCCAUUGCCAGAUCGACAGAGCAUGGACCUGACCCUGGAGACAACACGGCCAUUGCCAGACCGACUGAGGGUGGACUUGACCCUGGAGACCAUACGGCAAAUGCUGUAUCAGGGAGUCAAUCUUUCGUCUCCAGGCCAAGGCGUGGUGGUCCAGCCAGGGGCAUUAUUGUUGCCAACUCGAAGUACGUCAACAUCUCCACUGGGCAGAUGGUACCGGGGACUGUCGGAGAAGAUACUCUCGAACUACGCCUUAGAGAAGCAAAGAAAAUAUUUGUUAAAACGGAAAUCUACAGAAAGAUGAACCGAAAAGUAAAGCAGUUUGGUCAUGUGACCAUCAUCGGUGCCUCUGGAGAAGGGAAGACAACGAUGGCUCUGAUGUUGAGUUUACGUUAUAGAAACCGAGGCUACCAGGUCGUGUUUGUGGACAGCAUUGAGAAGUUUGACUUGGACAGCUGCCUCAGUUCUACACCAAGAGUAUUUCUUAUCAUUGAUGACUUGUUUGGCACUGUUGGUUUGUCCACCAAUGUUCAACUGAUUAAAACAUUUCUAAACGAUCUUAUGCUCCAAAUAGACCUCUGCAAACAGUCCCAUGAACAAAUGCUGUCAGUUUGGCAAGAUGGAGGUAAAUCGAGUCAUGAUGACAAAAGUAAAGGCCCAACAAAGGACAUUCGUGUCAUUUUCACAUCAAAGUCAUACAACUUUCAUGAUGGACUUGCACAACUGCACUCUGCGUCUAUUUCACUGUUUGGGGAACAAACAAUUAUGAAUAUCACUUUACAUGAUGUAAACUGUCUUUCUCCAGCAGAGAAACAGGAAAUAUAUGAGAGACAUAUGAGCAUGCUAGAUGAAUGCUCCAAAGCUGACUUACCUGAAUACAAUGAUUUGGAAACAGAUUCAAACCUAUUUGGAUUUCCCCUUAUAUGUAAACUUGCUUCUUUUUCAAAAAAUGUCAGAAAGCUUUUCAAGGAACCCUUGUCUUAUUUGAGGGAGGAACUCAAUGACAUAAUUACUUCUAAGAAUGAUAGAUCUGGUGUGUUAGUCCUGAUGUUAUUGUGUGAAGACAGAUUAAAAUUGACAACGUUAGAAAGCGAGGAUGAGGACCAGGACGUGGAUACGAAAGUCAAACAUGUGAUAGGUCUCAUGCCUACCGCUACACGCUCUGGGAUGUGCCAAGCAGCAAGAAAUUUCCGAGGUACAUACUUCACAAGAGGAGACACUGUAGGCUUUGCUCAUUCUUCAAUCUAUGAUGCGUGUGCCUGUGUCUUAUAUAAUGUCAAUCCAAGUUUUGUUUUGAAGCAUUGUAGUGAAGAUUUUCUGUACGAGCGUGUACAACAAGGAACAGUACAAGAAACCAAAGUUGAUGAACAUCUUCACUUGAUUUCCGUCUCUGAAGUGUAUCAUGAUCUCCUUACCACACGGCUUGCACAUUCUCUAAAGCAAGGACAUUUUUCUAAGUCAGUUACACAUCCAAUUCUGAAGCAAGACAAACUAGCUAAACAACUUCUUGAAAGAUUACACUUUGAUGGGACGAGACAUGAUUCCACAGGCAAUGCCUGGUUUCAUCAAAGAGAAAAAGGAAAAUGUGUUUUGUAUUGGGCUGUUCUUGGACAUAAUCCAUAUUUGGUUACAAAUGUUGAGAACCAAACUGGAGAAGUGUUUACACAAGACGAGAUCAGAGAGGGUAUGGAAGGUUGUGCCCAAACAAACAACGUGACAUUACUAAAAUGGCUACUCUCCAGGAGUGAUGAGCAUGACCGGAUCAACAGACUGAACAGGCUCAUGUUUUCAGCAGCAGAAAAUGGAAGUACUGAAACACUGUUGUAUCUGCUGAAGGAAGGAGCGAAACCCCAUACUUGUGACUCGAUGAUGCAAAACAUCUUCCAUUUGGUAUGUAGAUCACGACAUGAAAACACACUCCAGGCACUGCUAAAUGUAUCGGUAAACAAGCAAGUUAUAGAUAGUAUUGAUAUUAAUGGCCACACCCCUCUAAUGGUUGCAGCCAUGAAAGGAUCAGAGGAGUGCUUCAAGCUGUUAACACCAUUCUCAAAUAUUGGUGUUCAAGACAUGUACGGAAAUAGCCUAAUUCACCUUGCUUGUCACGGAGGAAACAUUUCCAUUGUUAGACACCUGCUACCAUCCUUUGACAUCAACAAAGCUGGAGUGAAGGGAUGGACACUGAUAAUGGUUGCAGCUGUCACUGGACAGAGAGAUGUGUUUGAUCUCCUGAAAUCAAAGGAGGCGGACCUAUCGCUGUUUGAUACAACUGGUGCUAGUUUACUCCAUCAUGCCUGUCAGGGGGGCAACAUGGCUAUUGUACAACAUCUCCUGUCAGAUUCUGACAUCAACAAAUCAGGACUGCAUGGAUGGACACCGAUAAUGGUUGCAGCUCUCUUUGGACACAAACGAGUGUUUGACAUUCUAGAAUCAAAGGGAGCGGACUUAUCGCUGUUUGAUACAACUGGUGAUAGUUUACUUCAUCUUGCAUGUCAUGGAGGCAACAUGGCUAUCGUACAACAUCUGCUGUCAGAUUCUAACAUCAACCAACUGGGAAUGGUAGGAUGGACACCAAUAAUGGUUGCAGCUAUCAAAGGACACGAAAGAGUGUGUGACUUCCUGGAAUCAAAGGGGGCGAACCUAUCGCUGGUUGAUACAACUGGUGAUAGUUUACUUCAUCUUGCAUGUCAUGGAGGCAACAUGGCUAUCGUACAACGUCUGCUGUCAGAUUCUAACAUCAACCAAUUGGGAAUGGAAGGAUGGACACCAAUAAUGGUUGCAGCUGUCAAAGGACACCAAAGAGUGUUAGACCUCUUGGAAUCAAAGGGGGCGGACCUCUCUCUUGUUUCUUCAUCUGGUAGUAGUUUACUUCAUCUUGCCUGUCAGGGAGGCAACAAGUCAAUGGUACAAUAUCUUUUGUCAGAUUCUAACAUCAACAAAACACGAAUGGAUGGAUGGACACCGAUAAUGGUUGCAGCUGUCAGUGGAAACAAAAGUGUGUUUGAUCUCCUGGAAUCAAAGGGGGCGGACCUAUCGCUGGUUGAUACAUCUGGUGCUGGUUUACUUCAUUUUGCCUGUCAGGGAGGCAACUUGGCUAUUGUACAAUAUCUGCUGUCAGAUUCUAACAUCAACCAAAGAGGACUGCAUGGAUGGACACCGAUAAUGGUUGCAGCCUUCCUUGCUCACAAAAGAGUGUUUGACUACCUGGAAUCAAAGCGCGCAGACCUCUCUCUUGUUUCUCCAUCUGGUGCUAGUUUACUUCAUCUUGCCUGUCAGGGAGGCAACAAGGCUAUUGUACAACAUCUCCUGUCAGAUUCUAACAUCAACAAAACAAAAAUGGAUGGAUGGACACCGAUAAUGGUUGCAGCUGCCAGUGGACACAAAAAUGUGUUUGAUCUCCUGGAAUUAAAAGGGGCGAACCAAUCGCUGGUUGCAACAUGUGGUGCUAGUUUACUUCAUCUUGCCUGUCGGGGAGGCAACGUGGCUAUUGUACAACAUCUGCUGUCAGAUUCUAACAUCAACAAAAGAGGAAUGAAUGGAUGGACACCGAUAAUGGUUGCAGCUCUCUAUGGACACAAAAGCGUGUUUGACCUCCUGGUUUCUAAGGGGGCGAAGCUUUUGCUGGUUGGUACAUAUGGUGAUAGUGUAUUUCAUCUUGCCUGUCAGGGAGGCAACAAAGGUAUCAUAUUACAUCUUUCCCGUCUAUUAUGUCACAGGAACGUCGAUGAAUACAUGUGAUGUAGUUCACCUCAACUCAAGGCCUCCACAAUCUAUAUGAUUCAUCUGGAAACCGUUUAUCUCCAUCGCCCCAAUUCCGUCUAAACUGGAGCCACAGUAAUUCAUCUUGCCUGUCAGGGAGACAACAUGGCUGAAACAUCUGCUGUCAGAUAAACUGCAGAAUUGUCCCUGAAAGGCGCGCAUUGGUAUCAACAAACAUCAAAAGAAACAAUGAUGAGAUAAUGUUCAUUCUGCUCAGUAUGCUAUCAAAUGCUGACAUCAAUAUAAAAUAUCGAUUUGGAAAACUUUAGUUACGUUUUGUGACGUAAAGGGUGCUAGUUUCCUAGGGACAAAUAAAGCAUUCUGCAUGAAAGUAUCUGUUAAGCAUGAAACUGAGGGACGUUUUUCAUUCUCUAUUGCAAUUGCCAUGGAUUGUUGAGACAGCAGACCCGUCCCUCAAGGAAAUUUGACACGGGUCAGUCAGUAUCGACAGUGGAGCCCUUGGUUUGGUAGCAGACAUUCAAACUUGAGAGACGUCAGGCCGACAGAGUGUGGUGGACACUGAGUACAGAAGUUGUGCCUGAGUGAAUGAUCAGUGAAGUGCAUUUGCCAGACUGAUGUUGCGUUUUAAUGUUUCCAAAGUGUACUUAUUUCACUGAUGUUACGUACUGGUGAAUGAUUCCAAAGUGUAUUUACUGAACUGAUGUUGCGUUUAGAUGAAUGUUUCCAGAGGGUAUUUACUGAACUGCGUUUUCAUACUAGUGAAUGCUUCCAAAGUGUGUUUACCGAUUUGACGUUGCGUUUUGGUGAAUGUUCCCAAAGCUUGGCCACUACGUUGAUGCUGCGUGCUCAUGAAUGCUUCCAAUGUGUUUUUUUCCAUAGUGUAUUUACUGAACUGCUGUUGCAUACUAAUGAAUGUUUCCAAAAUGUAUUUACUAAAUUGAUGUUACGUUUCAGUGAAUGUUUCGAAAGUGUAUUUAAUGGACUGAUGUUGCAGUCAUGCACUGUAGCGUACAAGUAGCGUGUAUGUACUCAACUGCUGUUCCAUUUCCGUGAUUGUUUCCAAAGUAUAUUUAGUAACUGUUGAUGUGUUUUGGUGAAUCUUUGCGAAGCUGCUUGCUUCCAAAGUGUAUUUAGGACACUGGCACGCCAGAAACCUAGGAUCACGGGUUUGAAUCCCGGUGCGCUUUGAUUAUGUUUCAAACUGAUGAAUGCCUCCAAAAUGUAUUUACUGAA